AUGCAGCUCCCGCGCGUUUCUUUGGCAGUCACCCUGGCGGUGCUGCGCGGGAUCGUCCUUCCCGCACUCGUGUCUGCGGAGGCGCGGACCGGGCUGGCGGAGGACGACCAGCUGGACCUGGCCCACGCCAGCACCCUCGGCCUCCAGCGGUCGCACUCGCUGGAGCCCGCGCCCGCGUCUGCGGAGGCUGGGGCCGAGCUCGCGGAGGAGGCAGAGCAGCUGGACCUGGCCCGCACCAGCGCCCUCGGCCUCCAGCGGUCGCACUCGCUGGAGCCCGCGCCCGUGUCUGAGCAGGCCCUGGCCGAGCUCGCGGAGGAGGCAGAGCCGCUGGACUGGACCCACAGCAGCGUCCUCGGCCUCCAGCGGUCGCACUCGUUGCUGAUACGGAGGAACCAGAGGGUGGCGGCCGAGGCGCCUCGGGUGCAGGGCGGCGCCACGCCCCGGCGCUCCAUGAUCCGCGCAGAAGCACCGUCCACGGCGUCGCCGGCGCAGCAGCGGACCGUCUGA